UAACCAAUGCACAUACAGUUGGUUAGGGCUGGGGUCCCGCGAGAGCCAUUCUGACUCCUGAGAUUGACACCAAACCAAGUUGGGCAAACCAGCAACCACCACCACCAUCCCAACUGUCUUAAUUCUAACAUUUAAUCUUCAACUAUUUUCAAUGCCCCACUUGGUUGAGAGUUCGCGAAAUUAAUAAGCUAAAAGUUUUGUAGGUGAAUUGUUACUGUGUUUCUAACAGAAAUAUCCAAGUUCAAAUCACCUUUAUGGUUACGGCAAUGGAAAGAUAGUGAUACGUGGUCAAAUGAGCGUCUUACGUACACAUAUGCUCAUAAAUAACCAUUAGUACAUUAUAAAAACCAGAAGUUUAGAAUAGAACCGGCAAGCAAAUCACUCAGCCUAAGUCAUCCUACUUUCAAACAAUUAUUCUCAUAUCUUACCUGCAUUUAACUGUUUCAAGUGAGAAAUGGCGGAAGGAGUUCUCUUCAACGUAGCUGAGGGAAUCAUUGGCCAACUGGGCAACCUAGCUCUCAAAGAGAUUGGACUGAUCUGGGGUGUCAAAGAUGAGCUUCAAAAGCUCAAAAACACGGUUACAACAAUCAAAGCUGUGAUUCAGGAUGCAGAGGAGCACCAGGCGCUGAGCAAUGCCAUCAAGGAUUGGGUGGAAAGGCUGAAAGAUGUAUUUUUUGAAGCGGAUGACUUGCUGGAUGACUUUUUCACUGAAGUUUUACGGCGGGAAGUGAUGACCAGGAAUAAGAAAGCGAAAGAGGUACGCAUCUUCUUUUCCAAAUCGAACCAACUUGCAUAUGGUCUUAAAAUGGGUCAUAAGAUUAAGUCAAUUAGGGAGAUACUAGAUGCUAUUGCAGCGGAUAGGAAGUUCCACUUAGAGGCACGUCCUAGGGAGACACAAGGCAGUAGUAGGGGGAGAGAGAGUCAUCAUUUUGUACGUGCUGAAGAUGUUAUUGGAAGAGAGGUCGAUAAGAAAGUCAUCAUAGAACGUUUAUUGGAUUCCAAAAUUGAAGAGAAUGUUGCAGUCCUUCCUAUAGUGGGAAUUGGUGGACUAGGUAAGACCACAUUAGCUCAAUUUGUAUUCAAUGACGAAGAAAUUAAAAGUUAUUUUGAGAAAAAAUUGUGGGUGUGUGUUUCGGAUGAUUUUGAUGUAAAAACAAUUGUUGAGAAAAUCCUAGAAUCUGCAAAAGGUAGUAAACUAGGAAGCCUUGAAAUCAACACAAUGAUAAAUGAUCUUCAUAAAGAAAUUGAUGGAAAGAGAUACUUGCUUGUAUUAGAUGAUUUGUGGAAUGAUGAUUCAAAAAAAUGGGAUGGUUUAAAAGGACUUCUUAAAGGUGGUGCAAUAGGUAGUAGAAUAUUAGUGACUACACGUGAGGAAAAGGUUGCAAAGAUUUCGAAAACUAUUGAACCAUACUUUUUAAAGGGUUUAAAUGAAGAGGAGUCUUGGUCUUUAUUUAAGCAAAAGGCAUUUGAAAAUGGACAAGAACCAGAAAAUUUAAGAAUUAAGGAAAUUGGAAUGGAAAUUGUUAGUAAGUGUAGAGGAAUUCCACUUGCCAUAAAUACUAUAGGAAGCCUGUUGUACUUUAAAAUCUCAGAAGAUGAAUGGUUGGCCUUCAAGAAAAACGAAUUUCCAAAAUUAGAUCAAAAGGAAAAUGAUAUCCUACCAACACUUAAGUUAAGUUAUGAUCAUCUACCAUCACAUUUGAAACAAUGUUUUGCUUAUUGUAGUUUAUUUCCAAAAGAUUACCAGUUUGAAAAACAAGAAUUGAUUAGGAUAUGGAUGGCACAAGGGUUCAUUAAGCUAUCAGGUCAAAACCAAUGCGUAGAAGAUGCUGGUCAUGAGCAUUUCAUGGAAUUACUUUGGAGAUCAUUUUUUCAAGAAGAUAAAGAAGAUUGGUGGAACACAAGACCUAUUUUCAAAAUACAUGACCUCAUGCAUGAUCUGGCGAUAUCUGUAGCGGGACGGGAGAACAUCUCAUUUGGCAUAAAUGGUGAAAAAAUUUGUGAAAAAACACAUCAUGUGUCAAUUGGUUUUGAUUUAGCCUCAUCAUCCCAAAUUCCUGCCUCAUUGUUUGAAGCAAAGAGGAUAAGAACAUUCCUUUUGCCAUGUCAAACUUGGCAUCCGGAAAAAAUGGUAGUGAACCAGUCAAUGUGUAAUGCAUUUGUUUCAAAAUUUAUGCUCUUGCGCAAGUUAGAUUUGAAUAGUAUUGGCAUUAGGAGUGUGCCACAUUCUAUUGGAAAGAUGAAGCAUUUAAGGUAUCUCAAUCUUUCAAAUAAUCGUUACAUAAAGAUGCUUCCUAAUUCCAUUACAAGGUUGCAGAAUUUGGAAACAUUGAAUCUCGGUUAUUGUGUCAAACUUAUAGAAUUGCCAAGAAAUAUUACUAGAUUAGUCAAUCUUAGGCAUCUUAACAUUGAUAACUGCAAUAGUUUGACUCAUAUGCCACGUGGACUUGGGCAAUUGACUAAUUUCCGGUCACUAGCUGAGUAUGUGUUGAGUACAAACUCUAGGUGUGGUGGUGAGUUGAAGGAACUUCACAGAUUAAACCAGCUAAGAGAAAAUAUAAGGAUUAAAAAUCUUACACACAGGAAAGAUGCUGAAUUAGAAUAUAAGGCUGCAAAUAUGAAAGAGAAACGAAACCUUGAAGGCAUGGCAUUAGAGUGGAUAAAAGGAGAUGUCAAUGAAGUGGAUGUUGGGUACGAUGAGAAGUUACUCGAAGCUUUGGAACCAUUCCAAAGUCUUAAACUUUUGGAAUUAAAUGGCUACAUGGGAGUGAAAUAUCCAAGAUGGCUUUCGUCACUCAAAAAUCUUGUGCGCCUUACGCUAUAUUCAAUGAAGAAUUGCCAAGAUGUGCUUCCAUUGCAUCAAUUUCCUUUUCUCAAAACUCUUAGGUUGAAUGAUGUUCCUUCUCUUGAGUACGUAUCAUUAAUGUCAAAGAGUGUUAACCUUCCACCCCUAGAGUUACUAAAAAUUAUGAAUUGCCCUAAUCUAAAGGGAUGGUGGAAGAGGAGGAGCGACUCCAUCAAGGAUUAUGAAGAUGACGAUGAUAAUUAUGGUGAAAUAUCGAUGAUAAAAGCAAAGAAUCAUUCUCUGCCUUCAUUUUCUCGUCUUUCUACUCUACACAUUUAUGGCUGCCCUGAACUAUCUUCAAUGCCUUUAUUUCCUUAUCUUGAAGAACUAGAUCUAGAAAACUCUAAUUUGAUGCCAUUGGAGCAAACAAUAUCGAUGGGAAUGAUAAGUAUGGCAUCUCAAGAAAACACAAGAGCAGCAGUAGUAGCAGAGUCAAUCUCUUCUGCUCGUUAUUCUUCUUCUUCAACACUUGCCAACUUAUUCACCCCUCUCUCCAAAUUAAAAUCUUUGCGUAUUAUUCUGAUAAAAGGCAGUGAUGGUCAUGUCCUUCAAUCUAUACAACAUCUCACUGCACUCCAGGAACUUUCGUUAUCUAAUUAUAUUGGGGAUGGGAUGGAAUUGGAAUGGCAAGGCCUGAGGAAGCUUCAGUAUCUAAGUUUAUAUGAUCAUCCAAAAUUGGCCUCUCUUCCAGUGGGGCUUCAACAGGCCACCUCUCUGCGACAUCUCACAAUUUCAAAUUGUCCAAGUUUGACAACAAUUCCGGAGUGGAUCUGCAACAUCAUAUCUCUUCAAUCACUCGAGAUUUUGCAUUGCACCAAUUUGACAUCAUUACCUGUUCUUACUUCUUUAAAGAAACUGGAGAUUUUGGAUUGUCCCAUCUUAGCGGAAGGUUGCAAGAGUGAGGAUUGGCUUGCUCACAUCCAAAACUUGAAAGGAGAUCUAGCUCCACCAAAAGAAGAAGAAUCAGAACAAAAUGAAAGUAUGAAGAAACAUGAACUUAAAUCUCAGCUCUUUACCAAAAUUUUUAGGCAUUGCAGUGGUUCAACAAGUCAAUAACUGAAUGAUGAGGAUCAUCAAUUGGUGAUAAGGAGAUAAUAUUUGUGGGGAGAAGUAUAUCUGGCAACAGAAUCAGCUUGUGUAGCUUGCGUUGGAUUUAGAUCAUAAAUUGAUAUUCAAGGUAGCAACACUUGGAUAAAGGACAAGUGGUUGCUAAUUGGCUUUCUCCUUGAAUUCGAAUGUUACAAAGGUGAAAUUGCUCUGGAAUGACUUGAGACAGCGUAUAUCCCUAAGGCUGAAGUUGAAUUUAGAAGGAUCCAUCAUUAUUCCAUAAAAAGGCAUUUAGCAAACAUUUUGGUCACAUAUAUGUUCAGGCAGAUACGUAGUAGAUAGCCACAACCUAAAUGCAGUGGAUAGUCACUUGUGAAAUGUAGAAAAAAGCAGCAAUUUAUGAGAAGGGUGUGGAAAUCAUGGGGAUUCCACAACGUGCUUGAAUAUGACAGACUUCCUUCUUAAAAAGAAUGAGUAUCAUUGAGGGAAAUGUAGAGACAAGCAGCAAUUCAGGAGAUGGUUGGGGGAAACGUUUUGAGCUGUUUUGGCAAAUGGAUUCUAUUUCCCCAUGUGCUUUUACUUCCAUCAUACCUCAAGAUCAUCCCCUUUUCAAUGGACCCUCUCCCUGCUUUAAAAAAUCCUAUUCUGCAAUAGAGUCCAAUAAGGGAGUUCUAAACUGAAUCUAGUUUUGAUCCUCAUUGAGGAUACCAAGUAAAGAGGUAGAGCUGGAAGAGGUGCCCCCUAAUGUGGUAUUUGGAGUGAAAAUCAGCACUUGGUGAUUUUGGGAUAAUAUUUGUGGGGAGAAGUAUAUCUCGUAACAACACUGCAGAAUUAGCCUGUGCUGGUCAUUCAAGAUGGAUGAACCUUUUGUAAGUAACACUAGAAACGAAUUAUUAUAUAUACAAUGGGCUUAGGACGAAUGGAUACAUAGAGAGGUUUAGGUAUUGCCAUGGGCUUAGGCAGCUUGGGCUUUAUAAAUGGGCCUUCACGUCACAGUUGCACUACCUCUUCAAAUUUAGAUCAUAUUGACCUAUAUGGACAUUAUUGUGGUAAAUUCAGUAUGUUUAUUGGAAAGUUUUGAGCUGUUUUCAAGUUUAUUCACUUUGUUCUUUGAUUAUCAGAGGGAAAUGUAGAGACAAGUAGCAAUUUAGGAGAUGAUUGGGGAAAUCAGGGGGGAUUUUGCAAUAUGCUUGAUUAAGAUAACCUCACUUCUUUAAAGAGAUCAAGUAUUGUUGACUGACUCAAGUUGUUACUAAGAUGGCAGAGUCAAACAAGAAGUGGCAUAAACCUACUCCCUUUUAUUUGAUAGUGGUACUGAAUUAAUGAGAACCAGAUUCAGAAUUUACUGCCACUAUGACUUCUUUAGGUAUAAUGAUAAUAUGGUUGGAAAUUCAAAGCUGGCAACAAUAGCGUAAAGUACUCCUGGAAUCAGCAUCUUAAACAGUGGGCUUGUAAUGAUCUCAAAGAUCAAAAUGCACUUAGAGUUCAAAUGGCAGUACACAGAUUCAAUUUCCCCAUGUGCUUCUACUUCAAUCGUGCAUCGAGAUCAUCCCCUUAACUCUAGACCCUCUCCCUUCCAAAAAAAUCUUAUUCAGCAACGAAGUCCAAUGAUUGAGUUCUAAACCGAAUCUAGUUUUGAGCCUCAUUGAGGUUACCAAGGAAAGAGGCAAAGCUCGAAGAGAUGCCCCCUAAUGAGCUGGCAAAACUUGAGCUUUGGUUGGACAAAUCAAAAGUGGGAAGCCAACAAAUGUCAGUUCUCCAAAUUGAUACAAUGAUCUUCAAGUGGGAAAAGCUCUUAUGGAUAAUAUGAAUCUCAAAAAUUUUCAAAUUAAAUGGAGUUGGGGAAAUUUGGUCUUGUCAGCCAAUUGACUAAAAGUUCAAAAGAAAAUGUUAAUACUUUCAGCAUUACUAUUUGACCUUGUCUGAAAACAUAGACCUAAGUAGCAAAACACAAAGCUUUUGAUGCUUCCUUAUUAGCAAUGACAGAUUCAGUUAAACAUUGACCUAAGUAAUAAGUACAGGAUGAGCUUCAUCAUGUAAGCUUUAGAUAUCCAACUAGGCUGGAUAUUCAGGUUUUCCAAGGCCUCAGCUUUGCAAUUCAUUUUGGCAAAGUUAAAUUUUAUUUUUAAGUUGUGUUUUACCACCUUUUUACUUCUAUAAAGCUUUAGUACCAAAGCAGUGCUAGAUCUUUUUUUUAAAUGAUCAAGACAUAAUUGAAAAAAAAAAAAAAAAAAACAAUUGUUGUCACUCUCUUCCUUCAGAAAGUCACAAUUAUUGGAAACAGUGGAAAUGGGGAAUGCAUAGUGACACAAUAUUUCAAAGAUCUUUUGAUCCUAAAUCAGGUCACAUGAUGGAAUUGAAAAUUGAAAGGUUAAAUUGAAGUGGAUGUGUUGGUAGAUUGGUCUUGUCAGUCAAGAAUAAUUUCUGUUCAAUGACACAUCCAUGCCAACACUGCAUAUGAGGAAGAAGGAAAUGCAAAUGAGGUGGAAAGCAAAGCUGCAUCAAAGUUACAAGUGCGCAAAGGUUUGUUAGUAGCUUCCGAUUGGUUAGUCCAGUAAAAUAUUCUCCUAAACUUAUCAUUCGAUAGUUCUUAAUGAUCCAAGUUACUAAGUCAAUUGAGCUACUUUAGAGUAAAAUAACAUUAAAUAGCUUUCAAUGGAUAAAGCAAAAGUGGAGGCAUUAUUACUUCAAUCUUGUUCCUCUCUACAAUUGAUAAAUGUAGGAUUAUAAUUUUUUUUUUUAGGAGUUUAGCAUUUUCUUGUGAGUCUUACAUACUCAUUGGACCAUACUGCUUCAUUUAGUUUCUAUCAAACAAAAUGCAGGACUACCAUAUCAUGGUAAUACUAUGAGUAUUCCAAUUAUCCUGCAGGUAGAAGAAAUGGGUAGCCACUAGAUGUCCAAGAUACUACUUUAAACAAGGCUAUAAAUACUCUCAAAGCUGAAUCUAAACGAAUAAAUCAAGAUGUACUGAACCAAGUGAUGGUGAAGUAGGCUACAACUGUCAUGACCUGUCCAAUAUUUGAAGAUGAUCAAAAUAAAAUUAUCAGAGAGAAAGGAGAGCUUGAGAUUUUGAUUGUGAAUUUGCCACUCGACAAACUGAGAAGGGCCAGUGUUUUCUGCUGCAAAGUUCAAAUAAUAGUAAGGUAGAAAUUAAUUAGAAACAACUCUAUCAAGUACUUUUUAAAUGAUUGAACCUAUAUAACAUGUAACUUGUCUCAUGGUUGAAUUUCAGAUCCAGGCAUUUCACAAACAUUUAGGUCACAUGUCAAGCGGAUAUGAAGUUAAUUGCUAUCACCUAGUGGUGCAAUCGGAUGCAGACAAAUCUGUUACUAGCUUAAUGGAAAUUCAUCUACUAUCAAUGUUCCUGCACUUCAAUUCUGUAAGGGAGGGAAACUAUAUACCUAGUUAUUAAUCUAAAAGCUAAUGAGGAACAACCGGAGAUUAGAUCUCAUAGAGUCUUGCAUGUGUUCAACAAAAGAAAAACUCCUAGUACACUGCGGAGGCACCUUCCCACAACCAAGUGCAGAGCUAAACCUGAAAAAACGUCUCAGCCUUUCAGGGGUAACAGUAGGUGUGCCUCGUCUACAUAGCAUUGUAGUACCAUGCAGGCAGAGGAGAGAGGACAUUGAGGGAGCAAAAUGUUUUGUUCGCAUGUGACAACGGCCUUGGCCAAUAGAAUUUUACCUGAUGUGGUGUACACUAUUCGCCUUCCCUUUAUAUAAGAGGAAGGAAAACUUGUAUUAAGACAUACAUUAAGAAAAUAGUGCACAAGAAGACUGGCUUGAGCCCGUGGUUUUUCUCUCUGUGUUCCUUUUCACAGAGAGUUUUCCAUGUAAAAACUUGUUGGUUGCUCUCA